AUGCAAGGAAGUUAUUUUGGUAAAGCUCCAUUUCUUAUUGAUCCAGUAACAGCAAUCAAAGCAAUGGCAACAGGUAAAUUGAUUGAUGUUGAAUUUGUGAACGGUUGUAAAAUAAAGGAUCCCGAUGAGAGUGGUUUUUCAGCGGCUAUUGAAUUGGCCAGGUCGGUCGAUAUUGUUAUAUUCUUUGGUGAACUAGAUCAAUCGAUUGAAGGUGAAAGUGUUGAUCGUACAUCGAUUACCGUACCUGAUAUACAAUUUUCUCUCAUACACCAACUCGAAAAAGUCGUCCGUUCAUCUAUUCAUGUUGUAAUUAUGUCUGGUAGUGGUUUAGAUCUAACUUACAUUCAUGAUUCACCUCAAUUUGGCAGUCUCAUUUGGAUGGGUUAUGCCGGACAAUCAGAUGGUUUAGCAAUAAGUAACGUUGUUUUUGAUCAAUAUAAUCCUGGUGGACGUUUACCAAUUACUAUGUAUUCAGCAUCCUAUGUCGACGAUGUAAAUAUUGAUCGUGCCCUUGAACGUACAUUCAAUGUUCUAACUCGACUCGGCUGGUUUGAUCCACCUGAACAACAAUUUUAUCGACAGUUGACAAAAGCCGAUGUCGAUACACCUCAAUCACGAAAAUUAUCAUUAGAAAGUGCUCAAGAUAGUAUUAUUCUAUUGAAGAAUGUUAAUAGAUCAAUGCCAUUACAUAUUGAUCCAUUAAUAAACAAAAAAAUUGCAUUGAUUGAACCGACGGCAAAUGCAACAGAAUCAAUGCAAGAAAGUUAUUUUGGUAAAACUCCAUUUCUUAUUGAUCCAGGAGCAGCAAUCAAAGCAAUGACAGCAGGUAAAUUGAUUGAUGUUGAAUUUAUGAACGGUUGUAAAAUAAAGGAUCCCGAUGAGAGUGGUUUUUCAGUGGCUAUUGAAUUGGCCAGGUCGGCCGAUAUUGUUAUAUUAUUUGGUGGACUAGAUCAAUCGAUUGAAGGUGAAAGUGUUGAUCAUACAUCGAUUACUGUACCUGAUAUACAACUUUCUCUCAUACACCAACUUGAAAAAGUCGUCCGUUCACCUAUUCAUGUUGUAAUUAUAUCUGAUAGUGGUUUAGAUCUAACUUACAUUCGUGUUUCACCUUAA